AUGGCUAGCGGAAAACUUGAAAGUCACGGACGACAUAGAGGACGACGACGGAAAUCGGCGAGAGGGAAGACUAGGCGGGAGAGUGUCAGCGGGGGGAUUAUGGGCUCUAUGGACAUUGAUGUCAACCUGCGCUCGGAGCUCAGUGAUGAUACAGAGACCGAGGCUGAGGCUGAGGAUCAGACAAGGAAGGCGCAACAAGACACCGCUGCUGUCCAAGAACAGGCCAUCAAUAUCGUUAGGAAUCUUUCGGAAGACGAAAAUGGAAUAGACAUCGAUAUUUGA